GAGUUUGUUUGUAACCACGUCUGUAACAAAACAAAAACCAAACAAAUAGGCAAUACAAAUAUAUAGCUAGAUUUCUGCAACGAAAUAUUAUGAUAGAACUUGAUUUAAUUGAAAUGAUUUUUGCAUGAAAUCAAAUUAUUUAUGCUUUAUUAAAGAUUUUUCAUUCAGUGAUUAAAAUCAGUGUUCUCAACUGAGAGUUACUUUGAAGACAAUGACUAAGCUUACUGAACACACGGUGCUUGCAAGAACUAGGGCUCAGGAUCUUAGGAGUGUUAGAAAAUUAAAUGCAUGGGGCAGUGAGCUGACUGAUGUCAGCAUUGUGAAAAAACUUCCAAAUGUAGAAGUUUUGUCUUUAAGUGUUAACUCUAUAUCAAGUUUGGAAGAUUUUUCACACUGCGAUAAUUUGCAAGAACUGUAUAUACGAAAGAAUAACAUAGCUGAAUUAAGUGAGAUUCGACAUCUGAGAGAUUUACCAAAAUUAAGAAAUUUAUGGCUUGCUGAUAAUCCAUGUGCGGAAUGUUCUGACUAUAGACUAACUGUAAUUCGAGCCUUGCCACAACUACAGAAACUUGACAAUAUGCCAAUUCGUCCUGAUGAAAAAGAAUCAGCUGAGAAACAUGGUUCCCCUCUUGAGAUGUUUCUUCCUAGGGAUGAAAGUGAAGAUGAACAAUAUGUGACAAGUCCUGUUAUUCAGCAACAAAUUCCUAUUCAAAAUUCUUCCAGCUUUGAAGAAAUUUCACAAGUAACUCACACGGAAAGCUUCUCUGUUGAAAAUACUGCUUUUUCUCCUGUUUCCAAUAAUGGAACGGAGUCCUUUCAAAUUGUGAGGAAUAAUGUCAAGCAGUCUGAAUUUGUUAACCAUUCUUCUCAAGCAUCAUAUCAAGAAAAAUAUCCUCAAGAAUUUUCUUACCAGGAGAGAGAUGAAAGACUGAUGCAAAACAACUCAUAUUCUGCCGAAAAUAGCCCAGUUAAUUCUAAUGCACAACCUAGUGGCCAUUUCCAAGAAAGUUUUGACAGAGAUUACAAUGAUAUGGAUCCGACUCCAGAUACACCAUCAGGAUCAUCUUCAAGAGAACAUUUUUCUCCUAAAUGUGGAUUCCCACCUCCUUAUGUCCAGCGUUUGCCUAUGCAGCGAUGUGAGAGACCAACACAAAUCCGCAUGUUGCCUAAAGGUGGAAAAAGCAGAGCAGCAAACAUUUUGUCAGCUGUUCUAUGUUUGAUUAAAGAAUUAGAUUGGGCUAGCUUAGAGGUUGUAGAUACUGCAAUUCAUUGCCAAAUGGAAGAAUAUGAAGAGCAAAAUUCAUCCUAAUUACUGUGCUUAUAAUAUUGCCUCUUUUUUUUAAAAUUCCGUUUAUCCAAUUUUGUUUUUAGCAAGACAAUAUAAAGAAUUUAUGUGCCACUGAUGCUACUUAAUUAUGUACUGCUUACAGUUUGAAUCUCUCGAAUUCAUGAUCUAAUUCGCAACUGAUUAUAAUCUAUUGUAUAAAAACUGGUUCAUCCAGUUAAGUAUGUAAGAAUCAUUCUAAAAUAUAAAAUUUGUGUUUCAUUGAAGUUUUAUGGUAGAAAAUGUAUUGCAAGGUUUCUUUACUUAUUUUCAAGCUUAAUUCCCCCCCCCCCACUUUUGAGUAAAAAGCGAUAGCCCAUAUUUUUGAAGUGACCUAUUUUUUAAGGUAUGGGUUAUUACUUUUUAGCUCUGAAGUAGUCAAUUUCCUCCCAAAUAAUAGAAAAAUAACCUGCGUUAUAAAAAUAAUGUUGCAACAGAACUAUCAAUUGCAUUGAGGGAACAUCCAAAAAUGAUGUUACACUUGGAGGAGAGGGCUUUGUGAAAUUGUGACAAAGGGGAAGGAGACUGUAAAAAGAAGUAUGACAGUAUAUAUAAUAAUAAGAACAUUUGAAACCAUUGAACAAUAAAAAUAAGAACAUUUGAAACCAGGAGAUCGAAUAUUUUUAUAUUACUUCAAAAUGCAGGAGAGGGUCAAAAAUAUUGAAAAAAGUGCGACAUCAUUUAUGAAUGGCCCCUUAUAUUUGCAUUUAAAAAAUAAAUAGACAGUUUUUUUAAAAUAACACUAUAUUAAUGUGUAAUUUACUUUUUUGUUUUAGUCUGAUAUUUUUAUGUAUAUAGAUAUACCACAAAACAAUCAUAAAAAAUGAAACUGUAAGUAAAUAAGUAUACUUUAUAAUCUGCUGAGGUGUGUGGUUUAAAGAGACUGUGAACUACAUACUUUUGUUUAUUAAUUUUGUGUCAUAUGCUUCAUUUUUAAUGUAUUGUACUUUGUUAUAAGAAAUUUAUAUUUCCUUUAACAAAACCAUGUUUACACACACUCUCGUCUUGCAGGUAGGAAGUGCUCGUUGUACUUCUAUAACCUUUAACUGUUAAUAAAUGUUAAAAACCAACAUAAAUUUAUUGACAUAAACAUAAUGCAAGAAAAAUCCAUUUAUAGUGGUUAUUGAACACAUCAUUAUUAAAGAAGUAAAUGAAAUUAAUUUCAUUAUGGUUUUGAAUUUGUAACUGUUAUGCAUUUAAAUGUAAUGUUUGUUUGUGAUGAAUCUCUAAUAUUUUCUUUGUAUGUGGGCAAGUUUUAUAAAACAACUAUUUUUAAGUUCUUAUUAUUUUUGCUUCAAAUUUUUCCAAUAUAUUAUUUAAUUUGUGAUUGAUGCAAACAAUGCAAAAAAAUUUUUUUUUAUUAAAACUAAUUUUCAUAACCUAUUCAUAUAUAUAUUAUAAAAAAUCCUCAAUAAUACUCUUGUAUCUGCCUCUAAAUUACUGAGAGAAUCUUGAGAAUGAAUGGUUAACUCAUAGUAAAUGAUAACAUAAUGCCUUAAAUUAGAGCAAACAUCCGAUGUGUCUUAGCCAUUAUUAUAUUAGCGAAGCAAUGUGUGAACAGCACCAUUGUUCUAGAAAGUUUUAUUAAUUACAUAUCAUUCUAAUUUUUAUUCAAUAUUAUAAAAUGUUUCCAAAACUGAAAAUUUUGAUCUUGAUUUCUGAAAGAAAAAUUUUAAUCAAUCAAUAAAAAAAAAUGAAUCAGUUGCUAUCUUUUGAAUGUUAUCUAUUCAGACUAUUUAAUUAAUUCUGUAUGGCAGUUUUGAAUUCUUUUUUACUCCAGAUCAGUCUAAAUAAUUUAAAAGAAACAAAAUAUGUAAAAAAUAGUUAUAAAUGCAACUGAAAAAUAUUGUAAAAUUGGCAAUUAUGUGGCAUGCCAAAAAAUUUAGGAAUAAGAAUUCUGCAUUUACUGUGUAUAAAAACAUUAGGUACUGGUUAACCUGGUUAUCACUAAUUGUCUUUAGCUUAAGACUUAACCAUUCAUACUGCUAUAUGAUUUCAUUAUUUUGUCUGAAUAAAAUAAUAUUUAUGUGAUAUGAAAUAUGAUCAAUAUUUAUUAAAUAUUAUUAAUUAAAAAUUUGAAUUUUAAAUAAGUGCAUAAAAUUUGAUGUUAUAAAAAAUAAAUGCAUUUUUAUUCUAUUUUCUCUUUUAAUAUAAAUAAUUUUGUUUUUAUACUCAUGACUUGGUUUUCAAUUUAAUUCUACUUAAUUAAUUAUUAACUUUUAUUUCUUUGAUUUAUAAAUAUGUUUUAGAUUCUAACCUCUUCUAAUGACGAUUUUUCUGACUCAUUACCUGGUGAUAUUUUUGUGAUGUAUAAUUUUUAUUAAUAAUUUAUGUAUGAAUAAACCUUUAUUUACUAUCAA